CCGUUACAUUCAUCUUCCUGUUCCUGUGCCCGCUGCCCUGACUCCGGCCGUCCUCUACCUCGAGCUCGGGCCGCUGCUCCUCGGCUAGGCGGACCUACUACUUUGUCUAGCACCUAACUAACUCCACCGUCUCCCCUAUAAAUUAAGGCCCCCCUCCCUUUCUGCUUCCCAUCGCCAGCCGUCCAGCCUCCAGCGCUCAUCAGAUAGCUACUACUGAGCUCGAUCGGAUCGUGCACAGCUAGCUGCGUGCACCCCAGCGCGCGUUCAGCUCGCUCUUCGCGGUGCUCUCGGUCGUCGUCUCCGUCACCGGUCGCUAGCUCAGCCUCCUCUCGAUCCCGGCCGGUCUUCGCGCGCCGCAUUCCCUCUCUAAUUAACGACGAUGUCGAGCCGGAGGUCCCGCGCGUCGGUGUCGGAGGAGGAGAUCAACGAGCUCAUCUCCAGGCUCCAGACGCUGCUCCCCAGCGCGCGCCGCCGUGGCGGCAGCGAGGCGUCGACGACGAAGCUGCUCAAGGAGACCUGCAGCUACAUCAAGAGCCUGCACCGGGAGGUGGACGACCUGAGCGACCGCCUGUCCGACCUCAUGGCCACCAUGGACCACAACAGCCCCGGCGCCGAGAUCAUCCGCAGCCUCCUCCGCUAGCUGAAGUCCGUCGUCCGUCGGCGAUCCGCUGUCUCUCCAUGGACGACGACCUCUCGUCGAUUUAGCUAGCUCUCAGCGUAAUGCUAGCUGAUCGAGUGUACCAUAUAGCAGCUGAAUAUAUACCUAAGGACGCCGAUCGACGAGAAGGCUGGUGCCUGGUUUAAGAUUAAUUGGUAAUAGAUGAAGUACUUGGUGUAGGGCAUUAUUAUAUUAGCCAUUAGCUAGCAGGGCCGCCGCCUAAUUAAGUACGCAAUGGUUUCUCCCUUCCACGCACUUCGCCGCUCUUUGUUGUUUGUUUGUUUGCUUCCUUGCUAGUACUAGUAGCUCCCUUUUUUCAUUUGUUUGUACUCUUGAUGGCUUUCCCCAUCUUCUUCCUUCUCUCGCCGUCGUACGUCGUGUAAUGCAUGUAAACCUACUAUCUGUGGUCCGGAUCGAGUUGUUUCCCCUUCACAGACAACCGACCGACCGCGAGCUACCGAUCGAUCAACCUGUACUGCUGGUAAUUAUAUAUAUUGUUGUCUUGUCUCA